GUUCGUUGGUGUUUUCUCUGACCGAGCCUGUUGGCGUUCCACCCGUCCGUCACACGCGCCCCAGUGGCAGACUGCUGGGCGCCAUGAAAACGGCGCCAUGGAAUCAGAUGUGAGGUAUCAUAUCCUUUACUGGGAGGGCGAGAAUCCCAAUGGCAUCUAUUUCGAAAAGGAGGACCUCACCGCGCAGAAUUUCCGCAGGGACGGGCCAGGGCGAUGCUUUUGCUGUGGCCAUAUCGCAGACACCUGGAGGCACCGCUUGGACAACAUGCAGAUCAGCUUGCGUAUGUGCGUUGACCCCUCCAACUUGCAGUUCCGCAAGGAUGUGGAGGGCUUCCAUUGCCUGUCUCCUAGACUUGGAAUCAGCUACAAUCUCAGGCAGUUCAACCACUACUUGUGGACCAUGGGCAGGAAGCCUCCCACCGAGGAGAAUGUGAUUGGGACCGCCUUAGCGGUCCACAGGAAGGAGGUCACGCCACAAGCCUCUGGCGUGAAGCUUACGACUUGGCAGGGAGGCCAGCGCUGGGAGCAAUGGAUCAAGGACAAGGUCCAAGAGCUUCGAGAAAAAGCAGAAGAGAGGGGCGGUGUCAGUGUAGGACUGCUGCUGGACAAGGAUGGCGUGGAGGUGGGCUCCUUCGGCACGAGCCUGGCGAUGUUCGCGCAGCCGGAGCAGCCCAUCCGGGAGAUUCUGGUGGCCUUGGGGGGUCCCAGAGGUAUUGAUGAUGCCGUGCUGUCUGUGCUGGAGAAGGUGGGUCUCCACUUAGGCCUCAUGAAGGUGAAGCUGCCAGGCGGCUUGCAGCACUCGUGCGUGGCUUUGGGGGAUCUUCUGGCCUUUCAUGAUCGAGGUUACUUGCAUCCCAUCAUGGAAGACUAUCGAUUUCUGAAGAAGGAGUCCUACCAAAAGUGGCGCGCGCACAUGAGCAAAGCGCUGACCUCCUGGGCGCUGACAUCCUCCGCCGAGGAGAAGACACAGGCGCUGCGGCGCUUUGUGCGUGUUUUCCAGUCGCAGCAGGAGCUCAGCACCACAGAGCCAGAGCUUUCAGCGUCCCUCACAGGGGAUGCUGUGGGAGCGGCACCGGUGACGCCUAGACAGGUGGACAGCUUUGUUCAAGAGCUCCAGGCCCAGGGAGUGCUACCCUCAGGGAAGCGCCCUUGGCGGCUGCAGUUUUCCUUGCAAAAGAUCGAGCCGGAGCGGGCGCUGGUGAUCUUGCAAAGUCACCGGCGAAGACGAUGGCGGGCAUUGAGGGAAGGUCUGGACUUUGACCCCUGGUGGGAGCUGUGCCUGGCCUUGGACGAGGCGAUCACCGCAACGCAUCCCGCGCCCGAGGCCACGCCGGAGGGGGUCCGCCAGCUGCUGGGGAAGCUCCGCGAAGCCCACGGUCUUCAAGGUGCUCCAGAGCCCUUGGAGGUGCGAAGCCUGGAGGAUUUGACCUGCAAAGAGGCCUGCGCCUUGCUCCAGCGGCUCCAGCGGAGGGGCUUGACAAACUCUGGGAGCCGUUCAGCCGGAGUGGCAAUGGAAGCGGCCAUUUGGGCAGUGAAGUGCCAGCCGAAUUCAGGCUAUGCCCACCUUCAUCUGCAAGGACUGGCUUACCGGAAGCGUGCCCCACCAAAGCGAACGAGAGAGAUGUACGAGCAGCUGAGCUGCAAGAGGUGGCGGAAGAAGUGGACCGAGCAGAGUCAUGAUGCCCCAAAGUGGUCUUCAGAUCAACCAGCUGAGCACGCCACAAAGAAAGCGUGGUCCUCUUCGGAACAUGCAGGUGAGAAGUGGUCAUCUUCAGAGCAUGGAGCGCAUGAAGGUGAGAAGUGGUCAUCUUCAGAGCAUGGAGCUGAUGCAGGUGAGACGUGGUCAUCUUCAGAGCAUGGAGGAGGCGGAGGGUGGACGAGUCGCUCAUGGCGCUAUGAGCAGACCGGCGCUUGGAAUUCCAAAAAGCAAGACUGGUGGCCAGAGGAUGCAGGCAAGCAGCGCCCCAACGAGCCGGCCCUGCCGCCGCCCCGCGCCUCGAGCAUGGGGCGGUCCGUGACGACGCGCCUGCCGACCACGCCAAAAUUGAUGCCGGUGCCUCCCAAGGGUCCUCCACCAGCGCACCUGAACCCUGCCCAAGUGGCUCACGCCACUCACCACACUGCUCCAUCGCUGCCAAAGCCGCCCAGCCCGGAGCCAGUACGGAAGAGGGCUUGCAUUUGGUUCAUGGAGAGUGUCCUUUUGCACGGUGAGAACGCACAAUCCGACGAAGAUGACGGCGACUCAGAGUGAGACAUGACACCUGCUCGUGUGCCGAGAAAAGGGGUGGAGCAAUCAUCCCGCACUGCCAGCGCAGGCCGUGCGCAAUGAUUGAAAUGAUCGGGAUUUGUGGCGCAUGGUUGAAAGACUCGUCACAGGUGCGCCACCCAACUUAGCUCCGUGGAGUUUUUCACUCCAGCUGCUUACCCGUCGCCUUUCAGCCACAAAACCCUGGGCAGAUUGAUGAUUACCUUCAACACUGUGCCCUUAGGCGGAAUGAAGAAUCAAGAGGUUGCACACGGUUGCAGACCCGAAAGAGGGGAAAGUGUUGCGAUUUGCCCAGAGCCGUGAAGACGCCCAGAGCCGUGCGAAAAGUGUACGCACCUUCCGGUGUGCAGAAGCCUGCUUUUGAUGCACCUAAGAAGUACACCUGGUCAUAGAGAAGUACAUGUGGAAGCUGCUAAGUGGAAGGCGCACGUCGGAAGUUGGACCCACACCCACCAAAAUGCCGGACUGGCUUGCAGCCGGUUAACAGAAGUUUCGUGCGCAAGCUGAGCGGCAAAAAACAAGGCUUGAAGUGUCCAAAUUCGUGCACACCCUUUUGACCAAACAUGUGACAAUAAUGGUUUGUACGGAGCCUCCGGGCAGUGAUUGGGCAGUGAUCGGAAUAUGGUUGGAUUAGACGCUUCGUCCACGGUGGUUUCUUUCUUUUCGGCGUGCUGAGCAUGAUGCC